AUGUUAAGCAACGAAGUACAGAGAAGAUACAAGAAUGAUGAAGAACAUAAACAGAAGAUUAAGACUGCUAAUAAAAUGAAAUAUCAUUUCAGUGAGGAUGAGAAAAAGAAGAAGAAAGAGGCAGUUUUUAAUCAGAGACAAACACUGAAAGUAAAGCUUGAAGAUGAAGAAGAAGUUUUGGCAUUAUUCAGGGAAAGUGUAAGAAAUGGUCCAGAAUACACAUGUUGCUGUUGUCAUCGUUUAUUGUUUGAACACCAAGUUCAAGGAUGCACUCUUGAAAUGUACAAAGGAAGACAUCAAGCACAUGAAAUUGCAAAGGCAUGUAUACAGGAGAAAUACUGUCAUGAGUGUACAUUGUCUUGUCCAAUGCAUUGCCCACAGUCAUCAUUGUGGAUAUGUUUUACUUGUCAUAGGAAAAUAUUAAGUGGUAAUGUUCCAGCAGAAGCAGCUGUAAAUAAAAUGUCACUGGAGGAAAUUCCUAAUGAUCUAGCCAAUUUGAACAGUUUGGAGCAGCAUUUAAUUGCUUUACAUAUUCCUUUUAUGAAAGUGAUGGCUCUUCCACAAGGUGGUCAAAGAAAUGUGCAUGGGCCUGUUGUUUGUGUGCCAUCAAAUAUAAAAAAGGCAACAAGUUUACCAAGAAGUCACGAUGACAAUCUCUUGUUAAGAGUUAAACUGAAACGCAAACUAGCUUACAAGGGCUAUUUUGAAUACCAAUUUGUCAAUCCAAAUCACAUAAAGAUGGCUCUUGAUUAUUUAAAGAAAGAGAACAAAUGGUAUCAGGAUGUUGAAAUCAAUACUAAUUGGGAGGGAAAUAGUGACCAAAAUGAUUUGCUACCAAAAGAGACCAUUGACCAAGAUCAAGAGAAAUUUGAAGAUGAGGAAGUGAAAGAAGGUGAGAUUGAUCAGACUUCAGAGGUUGUUACUGAUACAUGCUUACAGCCUGUCGAUGUUGCACAAGAAGUUCUUGAUCAUUACUUUGACGAUAUUUACAAUAUAGCACCAAGUGAAGGAAAAAAUCCAAUUCGAAUGUUGCAAGAAGAAGGUAACGAAGCAAAGACUUUUCCACAUUUAUUUCCAAGUGGAAACUUUUCCUGGAAUGAAAAUCGAGAUGUAAAGAUAACUCUAUCAAGGUAUUUUAACAACAGACUUAUGAAUGCAGAUAACAGAUUUGCUAAAGACACAAAUUACAUUUUCUUCUCUCAAUACAUGUCAGAAUUAAACCAAGUAAUUGAGAAAACACAAAUUUCAAUCCGAAAGUCUUUAUCAAAGCUUGAUACUGGAAAAGCAGUGACAUCAGAAAUGUUACAGAAUCCAGAUGUUCUGUGUAAUCUCCUUAAGAAUAAUGAGGCUUUACGCUUUAUGCAACCUAUUCGAGGAACUCCUGCGUAUUGGUCAGCUACUCAGAAAGAUCUUUUUGCCAUGCUUCGACAACUAGGAAUUCCAACUUGGUUUUGUUCAUUUUCGGCGGCUGAGUUCAGGUGGAAUGAAAUUAUUGGAUCAAUAUUGCAUCAUGAUAAUGAUCCUAGAUCCCUGUCUGAUUUAGACUGGUCAGAAAAAAGUGAAAUUUUGAGAAGCAAUCCAGUAACUGUGGCAAGAAUGUUUGAACAUAGAUUCCAUAUGUUUCAAAGGCAUGUAAUUUUAUCACCAUCAAAACCAAUAGGGAAUGUUAUUGACUAUUUUGUGAGAGUAGAAUUUCAACAAAGGGGUUCUCCACACAUGCACUGUUUGUACUGGGUUGAGAAUGCACCCAAAGUUGAUGAAGACAAUGAGGAAACUGUUUGUGAUUUCAUUGAUAGAUAUAUCACAUGUGCUUUACCUUGUGAAAAUGAUGACGCAGAGCUUCGAAGAAUUGUUCUAGGUGUUCAACAACACAGCAAAAGUCACUCAAAAUCAUGUAGGAAAAAGGGAACAGAUUGUAGAUUUCACUUUCCAAGACCACCAUCAGAAAGAACAUUUAUUACAAGGCAAUGUGAGAAAGAUGUUGAGGACUGUGAAGAUGGCAAAGGGUUGUCUAAAUCUCAAGCAAAAGAUAUUUUGUUGCGUGUUUGGGAUGAAGUUCUUGAUGAUAUGAAUGGAUGCAAAACAACAGAGGAAAUAUUCUCCAAUAUACAAUUAUCUCAAGAUGUUUAUGAAGAAGCACAUAGGGUAUUAUCUGCAAAAUCAACUACUAUCUUGAAACGAAAUCCAGAUGAAAUGUGGACAAACCAAUACAACGCAUGUCUUCUCAAAUGCUGGGAUGCAAAUAUGGACAUACAGUAUAUCUUUGAUCCAUUCAGCUGCAUUGUGUAUAUAAUUUCAUACAUUUCAAAGUCAGAACGGGAAAUGGGAAUGCUGCUGAAACAAACGCAAGUAGAAUCUGCAGAAGGAAACUUAAGUGCUCGUCAAACGAUGAAGAGAAUUGGAUCAGCUUAUCUCAAUCAUAGAGAAGUAAGUGCCCAAGAAGCAGUAUACAGAAUCUGCAAUCUAAAAAUGAAAGAGAGUUCAAGAAAAGUUGUUUUUGUUCCUAUUGGUGAAAAUCCAACUCGACUGAGUAAACCUCUUUCACAAAUAAAAAGUGUACAAAAUGGUGAAAAUGAUAUGGAAGAUGAUGACGACAGCAUUUGGAUGACAAAUGUAGUGGAAAGAUAUGAAAAUCGUCCAGAUCUACCUCCUUUCCCUGAAAUGUGUCUUGCAGAAUUUUGCUCCGAGUAUCGUGUUCUUGCAAAAUCUCAGAUUCCCCAUGGAGAAAAAGAAGGUGUUUAUAAAUUAAAGAAAGGUCAUGGUUACAUUCAGAAAAGAACAAGAGCUAAGCCAGCUGUAGUAAGAUAUCCCAGAUUCAAUCCAGAAAAUGCACCAGAAAAGUAUUUUCAAUCAAUACUGCAACUUUUCCUUCCAUACUGGACUCAAGAUCAACUGAAACCGCCUGGAUUUGACUUUUAUCAGACAUUUUUUGAAAAUGGGUUUGUGAGAAUAGGAAGUGAAAACAGAUUGCAAUCUGUCAGAAAUGUAGUUGAAAAAAAUAGGGUUAUAUUCUCAAAGAAUGAAGAUGCCCUUGAAAAUGCGCAAGAAACUUUAGAAAUUUAUGGCGAACCUGAAGAUGCUUGGGCUAACCUGUGUCCAGAAACUGAAAAGAAUCGAGAAGAAUGUCUUAACGAAAAGAGGAGAACAGAAAAAUCAGAAAAUAGAGAACCAGAAAUCACUCAUGAAAUUGAACAUGACAACUCUUCGGAUGUGAUAUAUCAUAUUAGGGAAAAUUCUACAUCAAGACAAGAAAUCCUUCCUUUUUUGAGAAGUUUAAAUGAAAAACAAAAGCAGGUUUUCUACUUGGUUCGUGAAUGGUGUUUGAAAAAAGUGGCUGGGAAGAAAAUAGAACCAUUACAUAUUUUUGUGACUGGAGGUGCAGGGACAGGAAAAAGCCAUCUGAUUAAGACUAUACAGUAUGAAGCCUCCAGACUUUUCGAGAAAACGAUUUCGUCUCCUUCAGAUUUGUCUGUUCUUCUGACAGCUUUUACAGGAACCGCAGCUUUCAAUAUUGGGGGAAGCACAAUUCAUCACGUAUUUUCCUUAACUAAAGCUCUACGCAUUCCAUAUGAACCUCUGCAAGAACAAAGUUUAAGUGCAAUGAGGUCAAGGAUAGCUUCUUUGCAGAUUUUAAUCAUUGAUGAAGUAUCUAUGGUUUACAAGCGACUCUUGUACUAUGUUCACGAACGCCUGGUGCAAAUCAAAAAAUGCAAGGAACCCUUUGGUGGUAUUUCAGUUAUAGCUGUUGGAGAUUUUUACCAACUACCUCCUGUGAAACAACGAAAGGUGGAAAUAUUGUACGAAGAAAAUGGUGAAUAUCCUGUAGAUUACUGGUUAGACUUCUUCAAAAUCGUUGAGUUGGAGGAAAUAAUGAGACAACGCGAUGACGCUGCAUUUGCUUCAGUUUUGAAUUCACUGAGGAUUCGAACAAUAAAUGAACCACUAUCGGAAGAGGCAAUAUCAAUGUUAAAAGAAUGCAUUAGGGAAGGACCAGAUGAAGCACUCCAUGUAUAUCCUACAAACGAAGAAACAAAUGAACAUAAUCUGAAGAUGCUGCGAUCAAACUGUGGAGAAUUGAUAGAGAUUGCUGCUGAAGAUUAUCAGAAAGACAAUACUACUGGAAAGUUGACUCUACGUGAAAAACCUUUCAUAAGGACAAGAACAGAUGGGCUCUCUGCUUCUUUGCUUUUUUCAGUGAAUGCUAGAGUAAUGCUGACGAGAAAUAUCAAUGUCGAAGAUGGACUUGUAAAUGGUGCAAUGGGGCAUAUUUCAGAUUUUGAGUUUGGAGAAGCUCAGCAAAUAAACAGGGUAGAAGGAAUUAGAAUAAUUUUUGAUAGUGAGGAUGUUGGAAGACUGCAAGGAAAAAGGACAAGCCAUGGAAAUGAGGUAUUGAUUCAAAGAUUACAAGAAGACAUCAGGGAGAAAAAUACAAAGAAUGUUAUUCGUCACCAGUUUCCUUUGAAACUUGCAUGGGCAUGUACAGCACAUAAAGUUCAAGGCAUGACAAUAAACAGAGUUGUUGUAAAUUUAGACCGUACUUUCGCCCCAGGACAGGCAUAUGUUGCAAUAAGCCGUGUCACUUCACAAAAUGGUUUAUUCAUAGAAACAAGAGAUGAAAAUGCAUUGCUGAAGAAAAUUUACGCUAACCCAGACAUAAAAUCAGCACUGCUAAAGAUGGAAAAAUUAAUCCCCAAAGAAGGUUAUCCGCAAUGCUGCACUGAAAAUGGAAGUUUCAAAACGAUUGUCCUGCUUAAUGUGCAGAGUUUAAGGGGACAUAUUCUAGACCUAAAAAGUGAUACCAGAUUGCUCCAAGCAGACUUUAUAUGUCUUACAGAAACAUGGCUGACGGACAAUGAGAAUAUGAAGGACUUUGAAAUUCACGACUUCGAAUUCAACCACACCACAAGAAAGCAGUCAUAUGAUGAAAGUAUGAAUGGUUUUGCUAAACUUCGAUCAGCCAAAGGAGGAGGUGUCGGUAUUUACAAGAAGAGAAAGGAAAACGCUCUAGUUCGUGAUUUACCUGAAAAAAAUAUUGAGGGAAUGGCUAUAGAGCUAUAUGAGGAAAACACUGUAAUCAUAGUUGUAUAUCGACCAAGUGUUCUCAGUGUCAGAUGCUUUCUUGAUGGCCUAAAAAAGAUUGUAGACUUCUUUAAGGUUCGGUAUUCCCACUGCAUUGUACUUGGAGAUUUUAAUGAAGAUGCGCAAUGUGAUGGACCGAUUCAAAGAAUGUUUGAGAUUUUUGGAUUUGUGCAGAAAGUACAUUUUGCAACAACAGAGGGCGAUACUAUACUAGAUCAUGUAUAUAUCACAGAACAGAUGAAAACAAGUGUAGAGGUCAUGCCAGUUUAUUAUAGCUAUCAUAAAGCUGUGACAGUGAAUUUAAAACAACACUAA